AUGGACCCCUGCGUCUGUUCCGUUCCUUUGGCCCCUAAACGGACCCUAACAUAUGGGGGCUCGUCCCAAGGGUGUCCAGGAACCACAGACGGAGAGCAAGAGACCUACGCCGAGCAGGUUCGAGUCCUUUCGCAGUGUCCUGAGUUCGAGUCUCAGCUCGACACUGCGAUAAACGGGGUGUUGGACACGGGAAGAGGCGCCCUUCCCUCCCCAACGCAUACCCCACAAAAUCCUGCAGGAAUGGGUAAUUCUCAAAGCCAGCCUAUUGACCUGGUCCUCCACCAUUUCGGGGAUUUUAAAGAUAGGGCAGCAAGCAUAGGCUUAGAAGUGAAGAAAGGGAAACUCCAAACCUUUGUUAAUGCGGAGUGGCCCACAUUUGGAGUAGGCUGGCCCAUUGGGGGUACAUGGGAUAAGGCCAUAAUCUCAGCCGUGAGGGCAAGAAUCCUCCUCCCCGGAAAGGAAGGGCACCCUGACCAAAUGCCGUACAUCCUCACAUGGCAAUCCCUAGCCCAAGAUCCCCCGCCUUGGCUCCAGCCCUACACGGACCUGGUUCAGGCCUUGGCACUCACCCUAGACCAACGAGCCGCCGCCACCUCUGGAGGCAAACAGCCGGACCCCUCGGCACCCCCUGUCCUCCCAGCCCCUGAAGAACCUCUGUUGGAUCUUCCCCUACCACCUCCCUAUAAUCCACCGGCCCCCUUUUUACCCCAUCCCCCAGGGGAAGCCCAAGCACUACCCCUGGGACCAACCUCUCCCCCCCCAGCCCACCGGACAAGGGGGCGCACCCCCCCGCAGGAGGGAGCCGCCCAACCAUCCUCCACGGUGGCCCUCCCUGUCCGGGCAGUGGGGCCCAUGGUCCCGGGAGGACCAUUAAUGCACCAAUACUGGCCCUUCACCUCCUCUGACUUAUAUAAUUGGAAACAUCAGAACCCCCCUUUCUCGGAACACCCUCAGAAACUUAUAGACCUCUUGGAGUCCGUCUUCUUAACCCACAGCCCCACCUGGGAUGACUGUCAGCAGCUCCUUCGCACCCUUUUUACCGGCGAGGAGCGCGACAGAAUCCUAGUAGAGGGGCGUAAGCUGAUUUUGGGAGACGACGGCCGCCCCACCACUGACAACGCGCGGCUUGAGGCCGCCUUCCCCUCUAACCGGCCUGACUGGGACUUCUCCACGGAACAAGGUAGGGAGCGUCUUCAGUCCUAUCGCCAGAAUCUCCUAGCGGGCCUCCGUGCAGCAGCACGAAAGCCUACUAAUCUGACCAAAAUUGGGGCAGUUAGACAAGGGCCAGAGGAGACCCCGGCAGCCUUUCUAGAACGCUUGCAGAACGCCUUCCGGAUCUACUCCCCCAUGGAUCCCGCCGCCCCCAGCAAUCAAACCGCCAUUUUGCUUGCCUUCGUUAACCAGUCUGCUCCGGACAUCCGAAAAAAGCUGCAAAGGGUGGAUGCCUUCACAGCACAAUCCCUGGAGGAGCUCUUGAAGGUGGCAGAAAAGGUCUAUAACUCUAGGGAAUCCCCCGAAGAGAGGGCAGAACGGCUCAGGCAGGAAGAUUUACUUAGGCAAGACCAGAAACUCUCUGAGCAACGCUCCAGAGAAGACCGAGCACAUAGACAAAUGCUUAGGGCCCAACAAGAUGCCACCCGCAUAUUGGCAGCAGUCCUUCAGCCCCCACCAACCCGGGCAAACACCACCUCAGGGAAAUCUUGCUAUUUCUGUGGGAGGCCAGGUCACUGGCAACGUGAGUGCCCUCAGAAAGUCUCCGGCACCAGGGGACGGCAGAGAAGGCCCCCACCCACGAACAACCGAUCUGUCCCCGAGCCCUGGGUAACUGCUCGUAUUGAGGGGACUGCCGUCCCCCUCCUAGUAGACACGGGGGCAGAACACUCAGUUCUCAAACAGACCUUCAGGGACUUAACCUCCAAGUACUCCGUGGUUCAGGGGGUAGCCGGCUCUCGCCCCUACCCCUGGACCACGGAACGGACCGUGGACCUUGGUUCCCACACCGUCUCCCAUUCCUUUCUGGUCGUCCCUGAUAGCCCCGCACCCCUUCUAGGCCGGGACCUCCUACACAAACUCGGCGCCUGUAUACACUUCCACCAGGACUCAGUAUCAGUCACAGAUGCCGAAGGGACUCCCCUCACUAUCCUUACAAUGGCCCUCCAAGAUGAGCACCGCCUUUUCUCUGCCCCUACCUCGAAAGACAUUCCUCCACACAUCAGACCCUGGGUAGAGGCCUACCCAGGAGUGUGGGCAGAGGUUUCCGGUGUGGGGCUAGCAAUCCACCACGCCCCGGUAGUAAUCCCCUUGAAGGCCGGGUCUGCACCAGUACGGGUUAAGCAGUAUCCCAUGCCGCUAGCAGCACGACAGGGCAUCCAACCACAUAUUGAAAGACUUAUGAAAACCGGGAUACUUAUUCCCUGCAAGUCCCUAUGGAAUACCCCUCUCCUGCCAGUCAGGAAACCUGGAUCCGGGGACUAUCGCCCAGUCCAGGACCUUCGAGAGGUCAACCAACGAGUGGAAGACAUCCACCCGACUGUCCCCAACCCCUACACCCUACUCAGCAACCUACACCCCUCACUCGCCUGGUAUACCACUCUGGACUUGAAGGAUGCCUUUUUCACACUGCCCCUGGCCCCUGUAAGCCAACCCAUUUUUGCCUUUGAGUGGCGCUCACCAACCUCCCAGGUCGUCUCACAGCUGACCUGGACCAGGCUCCCCCAGGGACUGAAACUCAGCCCAACACUCUUCAGCGACGCACUAGCGCGCGAUCUGGAAGAAUUCCGCUCCAGCCAUCCGGACGUGACCCUCCUGCAGUACGUGGAUGAUCUCCUCAUUGCAUCACCAUCCGAAGAGCAAUGUAAAGAAGCCACCCGUGCGUUCUUGCAGUGCCUCCAGGAUGCCGGAUACCGGGUCAGUGCCAAGAAAGCCCACAUAGCGCGGACUGAGGUAACGUUUCUGGGGUACCGCCUCAAGGGGGGCUUCCGGUGGCUCACACCAGCAAUGACCCAAUCUAUUCUGGCAAUCCCAACCCCCUCCUCUCCAAGGAAAGUCCAGGAAUUCCUCGGCACGGUAGGAUAUUGCCGCCUAUGGGUUCCCGACUUUGCCACCAUAGCGAACCCCCUCUACCAGGCUGCUAGGGAAUCCAGAGAAUGGACCUGGACACCAGAAAUGGACUCCGCCUUUCGGAAGCUCCGAACGGCCAUGCUGAAGGCACCAGCCUUAGCCUUACCCGACCCUGAGAAGCCCUUCCUCCUCUUUGUGGAUGAAAGGCAAGGGGUGGCCAAGGGAGUCCUCACCCAGAGGCUAGGACCAUGGGACAGGCCGGUCGCUUACUUGUCCAAAAAGAUGGACCCGGUUGCGUCAGGGUGGCCAGCGUGCCUCCGCAUAAUUGCGGCAGUUGCCUUACUGGUCAAAGACGCAGACAAGCUGACCCACGGCCAGGCACUGACGGUAGCCACGACCCACGCCAUAGAAACGGUCCUACGACAGCCUCCGGUCAGAUGGCUCUCCCAUUCCAGACUCACCCAUUACCAGGCCCUGCUUCUCAAUGAACCCCAAAUCACCUUCAAGGUUACAACAGCCUUAAACCCAGCCACCCUGCUACCCUCGGGGGAGCAACUAAGCCUCCACUCCUGUCAGGAGAUACUGGUGGAGGCAAUCUCGGCCAGGCCAGACCUCAAGGAUACACCAUUACCCAACCCAGAACUUGUUUAUUUUACUGAUGGGAGCAGCUUCAUCACUCCCUCCGGGGCCAGGGUAGCAGGGGCAGCAGUAGUCAAUGAUGAAGGAAUCGUUGUUUGGGCGGCCAAGCUCCCGGAAGGGACGUCAGCUCAGCGGGCCGAACUUCUCGCCUUAGAAGCGGCCCUACGAGCGGCAAGAGGGAAACGUGUAAACAUUUACACAGACAGCCGCUAUGCAUUUGCCACCUUGCACGUUCAUGCCCCCAUUUACCGCGAGAGGGGAUACGUAACAUCCACCGGGAAACCGAUAGCACACCUACAUAACAUCCAGGAACUGUUAGGGGCUGUGUGGGAACCCCGCCAGGUCUCCGUUAUACACACACCAGGCCAUCAGAAGGGGGACUCCCACCCGGCGCUGGGAAAUAGAUGGGCGGAUGAAGCCGCCAGGAAGGCAGCAAUCCAAGCCCCAAUGCCCUCAGUCCUCACCCUAACCGCAUCCCUUGAUGACCUCCCGGUCCCGACCCCUCCCUCAGAACCGGCCCCGUACUCAGAGGAAGACCGGAUAUGGGUAGGGAAACAAGAGGGAGCAGCUCCAAGGGACCACGAGACAUACUCCCGAGACAGGGAGGGCAACCUCCUCCUGCCCCACUCGGCAGGCUGCCUGUUGGCUACCCACCUCCACUGCCUCACCCACUUAGGACACCGCAACCUCCGGGAGCUUCUGCGCAAGGGGCGGAUAAGGUUCCGCGGAAUGGACUCCUUCCUUGAGGAACUUGCCCGCAAUUGUACCACCUGCCAGCUUGUACAGCCUGGGAAACCGACCCCAGCCCCAGGAACCCGCCUGCGAGGAACGCGACCCUGCGAGCACUGGGAGCUCGACUUUACAGAGGUAAAACCAGGAAAAUUCGGGUACCGGUACCUCCUCGUCAUGAUCGACACCUUCACAGGGUGGCCGGAAGCCUUCCCUACAAAAACUGAAACCGCCCAGGUAGUGGCCAAACACUUCUUAGAAGACAUCAUCCCCAGGUAUGGGUUACCCGCUUCCCUAGGAUCGGACAACGGUCCGGCCUUUGUUAGCCGAACCAUUCAGCUUUUGGCGAAAGGCUUGGGGGUAAAUUGGAAAUUGCAUUGCGAGUAUAGACCCCAAAGUUCAGGGCAAGUGGAGAGAAUGAAUCGGACCCUAAAAGAGUUUCUUACUAAACUCACUUGGGAGACUGGCCGGGACUGGGUGACCCUCCUUCCCUUGGCCCUUUUUAAAACCCGUAAUACACCAGGCCCCCUAUCCCUCACCCCUUACGAAAUCCUUUAUGGCUCCCUACCCCCGAUACUCCCCUCCACACCGUCCCCCGAGAAGACACCUCCCCACCUUCGAGAUUUUAUUCUCUCCCUGUCUCAGAUACAUCAGGACCUGUGGCCACGUCUUCGCGCCAGGUUCCAGCCACCCCCUGCUGAGCCACACAACCUCCAGCCAGGCGACUGGGUGCUGGUCAAGAGACAUCGGAAGGAAACUCUCCAACCCAGGUGGAAAGGACCGUAUGUGAUCUUGCUGACUACCCCCUCAGCUAUCAAGGUGGACGGGAUAGGCCCCUGGAUCCACCACUCGCACGCUCGACCCACCGCAGCACCUAACCCGGAGUGGCAAGCCAAGAUCCACCCCCACAACCCUCUGAAGCUGACGCUUAGCCGAAUCUAA